UUUUCUCUUCGGCCCAGCCCAGUGCUGAUUGAAGAGGAAAAAUAGGAUCUGGCCGUCGUCCCCAAUCAUCGCUCUUUGGGGAUUUUUCUUUUCUGCAACAAACCAAAAAUUCUCUCACUUCCAGACCAGAUGAGAUGACAGCUACCAGAACUCCUCUUUUCUUUUCCAAUUCCGGUUUCACAAUCAAAAACGAUUUCCUCGAUUGUUAGGUGAUGAUCAUGUAGAGACAGAUAAGGACUUGGAUUCUCAAUUGUAGCUUGUAGGGCAAAUUUUUUGAGUCUUGCACAACUUCGAAGCAGCAGAUUGGGUCGAUUUUUGUAUUUCCAUGGUUAAUUUUAUUUCUCCAUACUCAGAGCAAGUCAAACAUGAUUGGUGCGCACCAUAGAUGAGAAUCUUCCUCCAUGCAACACUGACUUCCAUCUUUCUUCUGUCUAUCUUCAAGGAAAAGAGGUGAGUACAUUUUCUUCUGAAUCGAAAUUUAGCUUCCAAACCUAAUUAAGAUUCUCCAUUGAGGAAAUAUUUGGCUUGAAUGAGAGAUAUUUGGGGCUUCUUGGAUUUGACAAGCCUAAUUUAGCUAGCAAAGAGAGAUUAUACUCUCUCAAUUUUCUGAAAGAUAUGAAUAAUAGUAACCUACAUAAGAAUGUUGGGGCACCAUCCCCAUUGAACCACCAGUCCCACCUCCCACAGUCUAAACCUCAACCACAAGUUGGUUCUGGUUCUUCUUUUCCGGGUCACUUCCAGUUGUCAGAACCUCAAGGCCAUGUGCUUGCCCAGUCACAAUAUGUGCAGGCUCAUCAGCAGGUCCUCUCUCAAGGUGCUCAUUCCCAGUUCCAACCACAGUUGCAAUCAUUAGGUCAAGCACAUACUCAGGUGCAUAACCCAAACGCUGGUGCUACUGGAGUGUCAUCCCCAUCUGUAUCAACGCCCGGCACAGCAAAUGCUAAGAGAGCUACUCAAAGGCCACCUUCUAAAGCCUCUGCUUCAUCCAACGCCACUACCUCGUCACUGUUUAAGACCAUGGAGUUGGCACCUGCUGCUGUUAGAAAGAAGCGGAAACCUCCAGAAAGGCAGAUACCUGAUAAAGUUGCUGCAAUUUUGCCAGAGUCUGCUUUAUAUACUCAAUUGCUCGAGUUUGAGGCUACGAUGGAUGCUGCAUUAGCAAGAAAAAAGAUUGACAUUCAAGAGGCACUUAAAGCCCCUCCUCGUAUGCAAAAGACGCUUAGGAUAUAUGUUUUUAAUACUUUUUCUAAUCAGGAAAAAGCCCCUCAGAAUGAUAAUGUGGAGUCCCCCUCUUGGUCACUUAAAAUAAUUGGGAGGAUAUUGGAAGAUGGUAGAGAUCCUGUGCUAGCUGGGCCAAUGCAGAAACCAAACUCUUCAUAUCCAAAAUUCUCAUCAUUCUUCAAAAAGAUUACAAUAUACUUGGACCAGAGUAUUUAUCCAAAUAACCAUGUCAUCCUAUGGGAAAAUUCUCGUUCGCCUGCACUUCGUGAGGGAUUUGAGAUUAAGAGGAAAGGGGAUAAGGAGUUUACUGCAAUUAUAAGACUAGAAAUAAAUUAUUUGCCCGAGAAAUUCAGACUUUCACCUGCACUGGCAGAAGUCCUUGGAAUUGAGGUAGAUACGCGUACAAGAAUUAUAGCUGCAAUUUGGCACUAUGUUAAGUCUAAGAAGCUACAGAAUCCAAGUGAUCCAUCUUUCUUUAUCUGUGAUACUCCACUCCAAAAGGUGUUUGGGGAAGAGAAAGUGAAAUUCUCCAUGGUUCCUCUGAAGCUAGCACAGCACUUAUCUCUGCCACAUCCGAUACACGUGGAGCAUAGAAUCAAGCUUUCAGGGGAUUGUCCAUCAGGAACAACUUGUUAUGAUGUGUUGGUUGAUGUUCCUUUCCAGUCAGGGAAGGAAAUGGGUGCUUUUUUAGCAAACAUAGAGAGGCACAACGACAUUGAUUCUUAUGAUGAACUAAUUGGUGCUGCUAUACAGAAGAUACAGGGGCAUUAUCGAAGGCGGGCUUUCUUUCUUGCGUUCAGUCAAUCUCCAGCAGAGUUUAUUAAUGCUUUAAUCGCUUCUCAAAGUAAGGAUCUAAAGCUUGUUGCCGGAGAUGCCAACCACAAUGCAGAAAAAGAGGGACAAUCUGAUUUCUAUAAUCAACCAUGGGUUGAAGAUGCUGUUAUCCGUUACCUGAACCGCAAGUCUGCUGGAAGUGAUGCGCAUGGGAGCACCUGAACAAGAUUUGUUGAGUGGGUACCAGAUCGAAUGGACAUUGAAGUUGGUAACUUCAUAUACACAUCUACUCCUUUUCUACUUUUAUUAGUUUAGAAGAGGAGUUUUUGGCAAUGCUUGCAUGGAAGAAACGUUAGGAGCAUUCUGUCAGAAAUAGUUUUCAAUUGAGAUGACAUUGUAUUAUUUGCUUAAUGCUAGUUUCUUGAGUUGAUAUUCCUCUUUCAUU